GGGAAAGCAUCGUCCCCACAUGUCAUCAGCAGCUAAAUAUCCGAACUGUCUCGGGCGCAGACCGCAGAAGAAGUUACCCAAAGCAAAAGGGUAGGCGGGCUGCCACGGCCCGCACCCCCGCGCCCGCCGUUGGUUGGUUGGCUGCCUGCCUGCCUGCCUUCUCCCGCGGAGGGCACCGCGCCUCGCCGCGAUCCGGUCACCGCCCUCCUCCCUGGCACGGGCGGAGCUCCACAUCGCGUGGCAGCCGCGCGGUGGCGGCGGCGGCGUGUUGAAACUGGGAAGCCAUUGACGAUCUGGUGCCGCGUGGGGAAAAAGGGAGGCGGGCGGGCGGUGUCUUUACCGCCCGCGCGCGGGCAUUAACUCCGGGCUGUGGUACCUGACCACCCUGGCUUGCGGAUAAGCACAACGCCAUGGGAGCACAGAGCUGACCUCGAGGAAGGUACUUGAGGAGGAAGCCUCUCCGAUUCCACCAUAUUCGCACCCGGAUUUGGGGGACUCCAGCGUCUGAUCUGCCGUUUGAUGCAAGAACUUGCCGUUUCUCAGCUAGGCUGCUGCGGCGAGAUGGUGCGGGCCGGCGAGAAUAGGCAUUUCUUCCCGCUCACCAGCUUGCAAAUCGGAGAUUUACAGUCAUAUCUUGCAGAACUGACAAUAUUUUUGUGCCCUCAUACCAAGAAGUUCCUUAUAUUGCUCGACAAUCGCCCAUGGUUGCUAGAUCAGGAUACAAAACCUGCUCAUCUAUGGCAAUUGAUGGUUACUAAGUCAAGGUUUUCCCCUUUCGCCAACUCUAGGGCUAGGAGAAGGAGGGAUGAAACUGAUGAAAAGCUUGUGUACUCAACAAGCUCAGUAUCUGCUCCCCAUUUACAGAAUAAAUCUUCCAGAUGGUAUUCCUUGAUCGACGACGCUAUGCGGGAAAAGAAGCUUCAAGUAAAUAAGUUGAAGGAUGCCCGCAUACUGAACAGGGAGCUUCAUCAGACUUUAUAUGGUUUUAUCAUUUUUGAGGUAGACUGGGCUGAUGUGCGUGGCAUCAAUUAUUUGAAUGAACUUCAGACGGAUACAUCAAUGGUUGUGGAGUCUAAAAUAAUGAAGAGAUGGGAGUUUGAUAGUGUCAAACAAGCUUCAACAUUGAUCGCUUCUUGGUUCUCUGGAAAUCCUUUUGAAUGUCAGCUCCUACAGGAUUAUUUGACCAACAUCUCUUCUAACGGAGAUAUAUUUUAUGAUGCUCAAAAUGAUUUCUUAACACCUGAAUGGGAUAGUGAGAAUUUACCAAGUGAUAGUGAUGAUUCUAGCCAUGUUCAAAUCAUCAGAGAGUCAUCAGGUUUCACAGACUCAUCUUACACUACACCUCCUUGCUCUGGACCUUACAAGAGAAGAAAAAUAACAAAAUCAGAUGAUGGAAGUAGUUCGACUGAAGAAUCAUACACAGAAAUUGUGGCCUCGCCAAAACAUUCGUCAUCUUCGUGUUCAUCAUGUGACAGUGAUAAUGAGAAUGCUAAGCCGCUAUUGGAGCCUAGCACGUAUAAGGAUGUACUGAUCUGCUUCCGCUUUGAUGAUCAUGACCUUCCAUUCGGACUGAAAGAAGUCAUACUAUCUGACGUCAGACUGUUGACGCUACUUGAGUAUGGCCUUCCAUCGUGGGUUAUAUUUCUUCAGUCAUAUCCGGUGUUUUGCAAGAUAUAUCGGCCAUGGAUGUGCCCUCUUGCCAGAGCAUUGUAUGUCUUGAUGUCAUUAAUCACUGUUCUUAUAGGAUUUUAUGACCUCUACAAGAACGUGCCCAUGCUGAAGGCAACUGCCUCAAGAUUGUUUGGCCCUUUAUUUGAUUGGAUAGAAACAUGGGAAAUGAUAUCAAGACUUAAGUAUCUUGGAACUAUGCUUUUCCUGCAUAAUUUUCAGCAGGCUUUUACAUGGUCCCUUAAGAUUGUGGGUGCUGCUAAGUCUGCUCUUAGUGUUUUGACAAAGCCAAUUGCGGGACCAAUUCUGGAGGUUUUUGAACUUACGAUGCCAAUUUGGAACCUUUGUGCUGAGACAGUAGGAUAUCUGAGUUCAGUUGUCAUGUUAUCUGUAGAAGUGUCUUGGAGUGUAGUUAUUGAUACAGUGGAGAUGAUUGUCUGGCCAUUUUGGUUUGUCUUCAGUACUAUGGUUAGCAUUGUGAAUUCAAUUCUGUACCCUAUAAUUUGGCUCCUCGGAGAGAUACUAGCUGCACCUUUCCGACUAGUCAUUGGGCUAUCAAGUUUUGUAGUGGACCUUUUUGUUGAUAUUAUCAAUUUUCUAAGGGGGAGCUGGUCAACACUAAGUGCCUUAUAUCAAGUUGGAUCUGUUCCCAGAUCACCUGUGCUUACAUCUGAUAAUAACAUCUGGGCCUCACUGUGGAAAGAUCUUUUGUAUCAGAUUUUCCGUGCACUACGGAGCAUUUUGUAUGGUUUUGUUGCCUUCUUUUCAACAUGUAAUAGGCACCGACUCAGCAUUUACAAUCACAUUCAAGUGUUCCUCCGGCGCAUAUCUCAUGUCCCAGCUGGUGCACGAUUUACCGCCUACCUUGAUGGGACUAGGAAGUAUAGCAGCCAGAAUCAUCAUAAGAGAAGGAAAGCCAAGACGAGAUAACAGUGCAGUUGGCAGGUCACUGAGCAAUUAACAAGCUAACUCGGCGCAAAUCCGAGCUCAAAAAAAGCAAAGAAACAAAACAAUGUAAGCCGAACGAAAUAUGGAGAGCGAACAAUCGAUAACAAGAGUUUGAUUGGAGCCUUCGGAGAACAUAAAAACCAAGGAAGAGUCCAGUACAGGAGUUGUACAUUGACGCUGAAAGUUCCGUUACAUUAGCUCUAACCAGUGACCAGCAGUUCCCUUGUGUACCAAAUACCUGGCGAGCAGUGGAGGAAAACCUGCAGCUGUACAUACGCGGAUCUUGUAGCUGCUGUUUGUUGUAAAAUGAGUAAUAGCUAGCUUUGUAUAGUAGGCCUGUGCAUAUCCUGAUAUCCUCUUGUAGUUGCCCUCCGGACAGCGAUUUUGCAAUGCAUGUGUAUGUCAAGUGUUGAGUUUUCUUCGCGAAGAAGUGUCAUCCUUUUGUCUUACUGAUCUCAUUUCAGCAGUUAUUUCUAUGGUCAUUGUCCAUGUGCACGCCAUGUAAACACUACGUAGUAGCUUACAAUACAUGUUUAACCA